AUGUUCAAAGCCUAUGCUUCUUCUGAAUCAUCAGCAAAAGACGAAGAAGAAAAAAAACCGAUAGUGCCAUCAUCAUCAUUAUCAUCUACGAGUAACAACAGUGCUAAUGGCAAUGACGUAUUCUAUAUUGAUCGUCGUCGUGAUCGUGCCAAUAUAACUGUUCAAUACACUCAUGGUAUUCCUCGUUAUGGAGUUAAAUUUUGUAAUCAACGUCCAUUGGGUUCCCGAAUUACCAAGCCGUCUCGUAAACAGCGUAUUGUUCGUUAUUUUCAUCAUAAAACUGAAGACAUCGAUAAUCGGUUACCAGACUCUUUCGUUACGGUAGACAAUCAUCUUGAACAAUUAAAUAUUACUGUCCGUGAACAACCACAUUCAUUUGAUGCUUGGAAAGAAUUAAUUGAUUAUCAAUUUUAUCUUUUUAAAACAAAUGGACAACAAGAAAAAUUAACUGCAUUAUAUAAUAAACAAUUAUCAAUAGUUGAUCGAGCUCUAGAACUUAAUUCAAAUCGUUUACAAUAUCGUUUAUUAAAAUUGAAUAUUCGUACACAUUCACAUUUAUUUAGUCAUGAUAUACUUUUAAAUGAAUGGACAGUAUUAAUAAAAGAUUGUCAAAAAUCAAGUGAUGAUCGAACAAUAAAUGAAGCAUGGUUUUCAUAUAUACAAUUUGUACUUAAUCGUAUUGAAGUAUUUUCCAUUGAUAAAUUAAAUGAUAUAUUUAUACAAUAUUUUUCAACAUAUGCAUAUCAUAUACAAACACGUAGUGGAAAGGAACGAAGAUUUUUAUUAAAUCAUAUGAUAGACAUGUUUCAAAUAUGGACAUGUGUAUUACGUGAUGCUGGUUAUUGUGAACGAGCACUUGGUCUGUAUCAAACUAUGAUUGAGUUACAUAUGAAUUUAACAACAGAAACCAAAAUCGAUUUUUCUCAACGAUUAGAAACAAUUGAAAAAACCUGGGAUACAGAUAAACUACGUUUUGGAGAACGAAUUGAAGUAGAAAAUCCAAUAUCAUAUAUUGAAAAUGAACUUUCAUUAUUAUCUGAACAUGAAAAUAAUUUAUUUAAUUCAACAUAUCAAUCAUGGAUAUCAAUUGAACAAGCACGAAUAGAUUUUUAUCAAUUAAAAAUUCUUAAUCGUGGUAUUCAUUUUCAUUCAAAACUUCUUCAAUCACUAACUGAUUCUAGUCAAAUUGAUAAUGAUAUAUCAAAUAUAUCAUUUCAAUAUAUCAUUCGUCCAUUUAUAUUUGAAUUAAUUGAUCAACGACAAUUUAUACAAAUAAUUAUUUAUUAUCUUUAUUUUCUGAAUGGUUUACCACAAUUAACAAUUUCACAAGAAAUUUUAAAUAAAUUUAAAAUUUCAUUAUCAAAUCAUUUACAAGAACAACUAUUUGUUGAUAAUGAAUUUAUACAACUUUAUUCAUUAAUACAUCCAAUAACAUUUAUACGAACGGAAAAAAAUUUUUCUGUUGAAUUUAUUUCAAAAGUUUAUGAAGAAAUCAUAGCAAUACCAUCAUUAAAAGCAUAUCAAAUUGAAUUUAUUCUUCUUUAUUGGUAUUAUUUAGCAGCAAAUAUUAUUGAACUUAAACAACAAAAUCCAUCAUUAUCGAAAGUUCGUUUAAAAUCUUUACAAACAAUUAUAAAAAAAUAUUUAUCAUUAGAAGAAUAUCGUACAUGUCUUCGUCUCUAUACACAUUAUGCACGUCUUGAAUAUGAAUAUUUUCAACGUAUAAAUGAAGGUCGUCGUAUAUUUGAUUUAUGUUUACAAACAAUUCGAAUGAAUUCAACAAAUUUUUCCUCUUAUGAUUCUUAUUCUGAUCUUUGUUAUUGGAUUUCAACAUCACUUAUAUGUGAAUUUAAUUUGAAUCAUUUAUUUGAUCAUAUGUUAAAGAUUAUAUUAGAAAAUUCAAAAUUUAUUUCCAUUGAUAAACAAAUUAACAAAGAAAAACUUUGUUCAUCAAUAACAUUUAUUUUAAAUAAAUUAUUUCCAAAUACACAAUUUAAUGAUAUCAUAACACUCAUUAUUGAUUGUUUAAAAUGUCGAAAAUUUUCUAAAUGGGAUCAAGCAACAGAUCAAGAUUGGUCUACGUAUUUGCGUCAAAAUGAAUAUGUAUCAUUUGAAUUAUUAUUUAUUUUUCUUAAUUAUUCAUAUUUAUUAAAUGAUCCAUUUGAUAAAUUACAUUCUAUUGUAUUAAAUUCCAUAAUACCAUUAAUCAAUGAACAACGUAAUAAAAAUAAUCAAACAAUUAUUGAUUAUAUUCUUCGCUUUUAUCUUUCUAUACUUUGGAAUGAAUUAUUUACCGAACAUCUUUUAUUUAAUGAAUGUACAAAUUAUUUAAAACAAUUAUUAGAACAUAUUAAAUGGCCAUCAAUUAUUCUAUUAAAAUUUAUGUCAAUAUAUACAUGUUUUUUACCAUUGUAUGGUAGUUAUGUUAAUGAAUAUGAACAAAUAAUAUUAAGUUAUAAAUAUAAUAAAAAAAUUGAAUAUCGUUUAAUCACAAAAAUGUUUGUUUUACAAAUGAAUUUAAUUCGACAUUUAAAAAUACAAAAAGCAAGUGCCAUAAAUGAAAAAUUCAAUUCUGGUUAUGAGCAUCGUGUUAGACAUAUAUUAAGACAAUUAAUACAAGAAUAUCCAUAUUAUGUACAAUUGUGGCUUUUUUAUGAACAUUUUGAAAGAUAUUCACCUAAUGAUAAUCGAGUUAAAUCAGUUCUUUAUGAUGCUAUGCAAAAUUGUCCAUGGGCAAAAGUAAGUUGUUUUCUGUAA